GCCAGCGCGUCUUUUCGGCCAACUUUUGAGCUAACCCUCCUCAAUCGAAAUCUCCCGUGUAUUUCUACUCUACUCACUCUCAACCUGGCGAAACCGCCGCAUCAUUACACAUCGCGAAUCCCAAAAGACUCUACCGUCCACAAAAUCGAUUGCAAGCUGUGUAUACGAUCGCGCGGACUGUGGCCAACGUGCUCAAGUCUCUUGCUUUAGUGUACAUGCACAAGUCUUGCCCCGGUAAAAGUCCCUCGUACGCUCCCAUGGCUGUGGCGCUUGCGAACACUUUCCAAGACUGGGCAGGCAAUAGGCACAGCGGACCACUCAAUGAAGCGCAACUCGCAGGCUCAGGGGAGGACCAACCCCAACAAAGCUACUCUACAAUUCCCAAAGGGGUCUUGUCCGACGACAAUCUCGACUCUGGCGCAAGCUACGCUCCAACGCACUUUUAGGCGUCGUGCCACAUUGCGACAUUGCAAAUCACAUUGAUUGGCGAAGUGCGUAAAGCUCUGAAGGCCGUGAUGGACGAGAGAGGGUCGAGGGGAGGGCGUGAAGGAAGGGGGAACCAUGACAUAAUGCAACGUGUGAAAAGAGUGCGAGAUUGCGAAAAUGAGACCAUUGUUCGUUGGUUGACAUAUCUGGUGGCUAAGUAGAGGACAUAUCCGUCGGCGAAAGACCGUGUUGGAGACAGAUGGAAAGGUGGACGAGACGGGAACAAAAGCGGAGCGCUGCGUAGCGUUGCUAAGAAUCUCUCUCUCUCUCUCUCUCGUCUAUUCAUGGCCGCAGCACGAGCAAGAUCCAGCCACUCUCUGCAGGACUUUUUCUCAAAUUCGCCUAGGCAGCUUGCCCUUCCCGAGAGAUCCCGCUUGCGUUGCCAAGGAUCAUUCGAGGGCAAUUUGGCCCCCUCUUCUCAACAAACCGGCUCCGCUGGCAAGACAAAUAGCAGUAGCAGCUGCGCUGCCAAACAGC